AUGCCAAUAAUUGUUUUGUUAGGAAUGCUGAAUAUAUUUUGCGAAUUAGAAUCAAUAAAGAGAAUUUAGAUAUAAACUUUCAUAUAGCUGGGAAAUCUUAAAGUAAUCUUUUUGAUACUUUGCAAAUAUUUGUGACAGUGAAAAGAUAUUUCUUAUAAGUAAUUAGUCAAUCCGGCAUAUUAUUAUUAUUUUAUUCGUUCAUAAGGAUGCAGAGAAAACAAGGCUUUCCUAUUGCGAAUUGCAGCAUAAAAAUGCCGGACAGCAGCAACGUGCCUAUGGAGGGAAUCCUGGAAGAGGAGGAGCCAUUGCAAAGGCGACAACAGCUUAUUAAUUUUGGCCAUGCACAGUGGGGCUUCAACAACUGGAACUGGUCUGUUACUAAGCAGGACUUAGACUUUGUGGAGUUGUCAAAUGGCAAAUACACAGCCGGGGUAGUCGCAUUUGUGUCGGUCAAAGUGAAGACCCUCGACAUACACAGGGAAAACAUUGGCUAUGCAACCUCUCUAGCACCAAACAAAGGAGCCGCCAUCCACAGGGCCAGGAAGUGCGCCGUCACCAACGCGCUCCGCGAGACACUGCUGUCGUUCGGCGGCACCGUCGCGACCGAGCUCGUCGAGCUGCUCGACGCGCGCCGGCCGGAGCCCGCCGAGCCGCCCGGCGAGAGCAACGCCAACGCGCUCAACAGGCUCGCCGAGCCGCGCAACUCGCCCCAGGCCGGCGCGCGCAAGGAGCCCGCGCCGCCCUGCGUGGCCGUGAAGAGCGCCAGCAUCCCGCCCGUGGCCAAGGCGCACCCGAUGCCCGCCAACCUGCCGCCGGCCGCCAACCGCGCGCCGCCCGCCAACGCGCCGCGGCCGCCGCCCCCGCCCCCCGCGGCCGCGCCCGUCCCCGCGCCCCCCCGGCCCGGCUCCAACGUAAGUUUCGUGCUGCAGCCGGUGCCGUGCGCGCCGCUGUUCGGCGCCCCGCCGCGCCUGGCGCCGCCGGCCGGCCCGCCGAUGUUCCCCAACUACUACGAGCUGGCGGGCCCGUGGCACUUCGCGUACGAGCCGCUGGAGCGCGCACCGGCCAACGUCAACCUGAACUUCCCGCCGCGCAACGUGCUGGUGGGGCGCGAGUGCAAGGCGCGCGAGGACCACUUCGCGCCGACCCCGCAGGGCUGCUGGAUCAAGCCGACCAUCUUCUACGACGGCUUCUGGACGGAGCAGAAGGUGAAGAGGUGGGUCGCGGAGCAGGUCGAAAAGCAGUUCCCGGAGGACGCGCACAAGACUUCGUCGCCGGGCCCGCCGGCCUCCAAGCCGUGAGCGGGAGUGAGUAUCGACGGUCUCUCCUCGAGAGGGGUGCACUAUUUUAUAUCGAAUUUUUGGAUGUCUCUAGGUGUAGAUUUAGAUUUAAUCUCGAAAAUGUCCAGACCUAGGUUGCAAUCGUUCCACUCUGCAGAGUAUUAAGUAGAAAGGUUGACUUUCAUAUAUUGAGUUGUGUUCACUGAGACACUUUAGGAGCCGAGAAAUCUCAUUCUGAAGGAAUCAUGCUGUCUGUGUAGUAUUGUUUAGUUAGUAUGCAAAAUAACUAAACUAGUGGACUAGUAUGGUUAUUCACGUGUUGGCAAAAGUUUUGAUAAUUCUUAUACACUCGGCUCGACUCAACUUGCGGUUUUAAUCUUCUAAUAAUACUAUAGAAUAGAUUAUUAUACUGAAUGUACGAUUCAUGUGGUGUAGUUACUACAGGUCAUGAGAAUAUUUAUUGCAUUUUUUGCAUUCUAAGGUUGAUAUCUCUCUGUAUUAGAUUUGUAAUUAUUGAAUGUGAUGUUUUUUUGUCACAAUGUAAAAUUACUGGAAUUGCAGAUUGUAUAAUGUUUAUAGACUAAGGUAAGACUUUGUGUGAAAUAAAACAUUUGAAACGA